GAUGAAUCAAAUAACACCACUACCCAUUCUCUAAGAGAUAAUGCCUCCCGAGUCCCACCAUAUGAAAAAGUAACCCCUUUUUCAGUAGACAUAAAACAUGAUGAUUGAUUAUAACUUAAGUCUCUCUUACUGUUCAUUAGUGCUCAUAUACAACACAUACAAUACAGGACACAAAGCAGUCAAUGUAAUAACAACUACACAAAUGAAGUUGCUAUACAUGUUAUAUUUCAUAGUCUUAGUAAUUCUUAUGUUACUAAUAAUAGUAGGGUAUUGUAGCAAGUCAGAUUUUGGAAUUGGUUAUAGGUUUACUUUAGCUAUACCAACUGAUUAUAGUGAGGGAUUCAGUGGCAAAGCUUAUUUGAUGGAAACUGAAGAAAUGCCAUUGAAUUUCAGGACUGCAAUGAGUAUUGAUGCUAUUGAUGGGAAAUAUGGUUGUUCUCUUCAAGUUUUUCUUGGAAAUGUUAUGGUUUGGAGUUCAGGACAUGCUACUAAGUUCUUUACAUCUGAUACUUGUGUUCUUGAAUUGACAAAAUUUGGGGAUCUUAGAUUGAUUGGGGUCAAUGAUGAGAUUGGUUGGCGCACUGGAACUUCUGGACAAGGUGUGGAGAAACUGCAGUUGCUAGACACUGGAAACCUAGUCUUGGUUGAUGAAAAACAAAACAUCAAAUGGCAAACAUUUAACUUCCCAACAAACAUCUUACUCAUGGGCCAAAGACUAAGUGUAGCAACUCAUUUGACUUCAUUUCCUAGUAACAACAACACUACCUUGUUCUUUUCCUUUGAAAUUCAGCAUGACAAAGUUGCUCUAUACUUGAAUUCAGCAACCAACAAGUAUUCCUAUUGGGAAUUCCACUCUUUCGAUAACCGAAACAUAACCUUCAUUGAAUUAUCUUCGAAAGGUCUAGAAUUAUUUGAUGACAAGUUUCGUAACUUCUCACAAAUACUCUCGCCUUACCAUGAGCCUAUACGUUUCCUAGCCUUGGAUAACAGCACAGGAAAUCUCGGUCUUUACUACUAUUCUCCUUACAAGGACAAAUUCGAGGCCUCAUUUCAAGUCCUAAAUUCGACAUGUGAUCUUCCCUUAGCUUGUUCGUCUUAUGGGAUUUGCACAUUUUCUAGGACUUGUUCGUGUAUACGACUAUUAGCAAGGGACAAUAACAGAGAUAGUAGUACUACUUCGAGUAAUGGUGAUUGUGAUCAAGGAAUUGGUGUAAGAAACGAUCUUUGUGCACACGAUGACACUGAGAUUAUGCUUGAAUUGGACGAUGCUGAUAGUUUACUUAAAAACGCUACUUCGAUUAGUGAUGUUAGUAAAACAAAAUGCGCGAAUUCUUGCUUAAACGAGUGUAGAUGUGCAGCUGCAUUGUACUCAUCGCGUACAAGGGAAUGUAUGUUUUUUGAUAUAGUUAGAGGGGUUAAACAAGUGAAUAGAGGAAGUGGGUUGAGUUAUUUGGUUAAAGUUCCUAAGAAAAAUAUUGGGAAACAUAAAAAGAGUGGAUUGAAAAAAUGGGUUUUGGUUUUGGUUGUUGUUGCUGAUGGAAUUGUUCUGUUUUUGGUACUUGGAGGACUUGGGUACUUCAUGAUUUGGAAGAGGAGAAAAAGAUUGAGUAAUGGAGAUUGUUCUUCAUGAACAUAAAGUCUAGAUUUUUGGGAGGUUAUAUGUUCAUUAGAAGAAGAAAAAAGAUUCAUUUAUGUUCUUAGUGAACAGAUUUUGACAGUUUAGUUAGGCCAAAAUGUACUUUUGAGUUGUAAAAAUUUGUGUACUUAUCUUUAUUUGUUUUACUUGUAGCUGGUUUUAAUGGAAUCUUCAACAAAGUUUUUUAGCUUA